UUGAAUAUAAUAUAACUACCAUCGUCCUUUACUCUCAAGGAUGAUAAUGUUGUGUCAAGACUGGCUUGUGAACUGCCUGAAAGUGCUGAACACAGUGAGAGCAGAACUGUGGCAUGUUCAGCUGGAAACAACCUUGCAGAUUCUGAAGAAGAUAUGAAUCCCGAGUCACCAGUUGCAUCCCCUGUGGAGGUUCCCAGGCAUGGAUAUAGUGAUCAUUCUAUGGCCGAGCCUCCAGAUGGCCUUCAUGAGAGAUGGUCUGGCAAGAGGAAUAAACAAGUUUAGCCGAAAAAGAGGGCAAAGGAUGAAGUCUGUUGGGAAGAGAAGCGUGACCACCGUUUUGGAUAGUGAAGAUGAACCUAUGUCCAUGGAUAGUGAUUCUCCAGGGGAAGAAGAGAGCGACUUUGAUAAUCUAAAAAUUCCUCCGCCCCUAAGUAAAAGGCAUACUCUAGUUGAUUGUUUUCAGGAAGUUCUAGAUGCUAGCCCUUGGAGGGACAGAGUUGCUCUCGCUGCUAAUCCUUCAGGCUCUGGAUUAUUUGAGAGGUUGCAGCAGGUCAUGCACCCUGAAAAGGAGAGAGAACUGUUCUUGAACAAUUUGGAACCCAGUGGCGUGCCUCUUUGCGGAAUAAGCUGCCUCCAUGUCCUAAUCAUAUCGAGCUACUUGGAUGCAAAGUUGAUAGUUUGCCACUGUUCUCUUAAGAAGAUACCAGAGAGACUGCAGGAGUCGGUUUCGCAGUGGAGAGGAGAGAGGACAGUCAUAUUUAGUCCAAGAAUUUGCAGCGAUGUAGACCUUGAAGUUGGGAAACUGAUUUGCAUUUGCCCUCCUUGGUAUGGAAUAGCAAACUCGAACCUUAGACUUGAACUUGCUCGACCACUCUUCAAACUAAAUAUAGAAAGAGUCGCUCAUACGAUUUUAGUAUCAAGAAAAAUUUUCUGCUUCAAUAUGGACUUGCUAAGAAUCCUUGCUUUACACAUAAUUAUGGGUAUUUAUCAGAUAUUCCUAGCACUCUCGUUGCCACGUACUGAGGUGGCAAAACGGUGUUGUGGGGGAAAAUAACAGAUUCUUCAAAGUAGGCAUGUUGUCCAUACUGAGUGUUUAAUUGCUGAUCGAUUAGGAGCAUACAGAUGGUGUGCAAUGCCUGACCAUAUCUAACAAGUUUGUUCAUCUCUAGUCGCAUUGAGAGCCAGACCGUGUAAACCGAGAGACUUCCACAUUGAUUCAUGGUUUUGAAAUAGAAGACAGAUCCACCAUUAUGGGAAAUCUGAGGCAGCUCGUUUUCUCUACACGAAGGAGGUCCAACUCACGGGCGAAGAUGAACGCGUUCUUCUGUGUACAUAUUUUUCACAACUAUCUGUUUGACUUGAGGUUGCUUGGCUUCCCUGAAUUUUGUCAU